GUCCGCCAUUGAAGAGAAGCUCACGGAAACCUCGUGUUCUACCAAUCUCUUUUUUCACGUCAAACUCACUAUCUGUUGCAGCUUACGGGUUGCAAGGAUUAGCGGAGGGAGUGUAUUGUAUGUAUGAAGUUUUCCUUCCCGGAGAUCAGUUAUUGUUUCGGUGGUACACCGGCGGUUGAGACCAUCGCCGCCGAGGUUCCUAGUCAUCGGAGGCGUAUGACGCAAGGUAACUCGACAAAACACUGGAGACCGGCGCUGGCAGCGAUCGCAGAAGACGGUGUAGCUCGGGAGGUGCGUAGGAAGAGGGCUGAAUCAACGGCUUCCUUCAGAUCUGAGAAGAAACCGUUGAUUAAAAGCAAAUUGGCCGGAAAAACUCGAUCUGGUUCUUAUGGUUCUGAUUACAGGGAAUCGAGUCAUCCGAUGGCUCUUCCAGCUUUCUCUCCAGCACCAUUUCUAGUUUGAUUUUGAAGAUUGGUCACUGUCUUCUCCAUUCUGGUUUUCCCCUAAUCCCUUGUAUAAUGAAAAUUGUGAAUUAAUUUCCAAUCUGUAUGUAGUGGGAUGAAUCGGAACAUGGAAGCUGCCAAUAAAUAUAAUUGCAAUUUACUAUCUAUUUUCAAAA